CGCCAGAGCGCUUCAAACGCCGCUAGUGUAGAGCCCGACGGACGGACUGCUGCAGUCUCGAGCCGCGUGGAAAGACUGCACACCUCAUUUAUUUCAUACCGCGAAGGUGGCCAGCCCGAAUCAACGCUUUUUUUGAUUUGUCUUCAUCCAUCGUCCUCAAACUGGUUUAUUCAUCCUAUCCACACCAUGGCCAACAAAGAGGAGAAAGCUGACGAGAAACAGUCGAGUUGGAAAGAUUUUAUCUACAACCCACGGACAGGGGAAUUCAUCGGGCGCACCGCGAGCAGUUGGGCUCUUAUAUUCCUCUUUUAUCUGGUCUUCUAUGGCUUCCUGGCGGGAAUGUUCAGUCUCACCAUGUGGGUGAUGCUACAGACGCUGGAUGAGCACACUCCCAGAUACAGGGACCGAGUGGCCAAUCCAGGGCUGAUGAUCAGGCCAAAGUCCUUGGAAAUUAAAUAUAACCGAUCGUUGUCCCAGCAAUACAGCAAGUAUGUGCAGCACCUGGAGUCAUUCCUACAACCAUACAAUGACACUCUGCAGGAGGCGAACGUGGACUGUCCCGAUGGUGUUUACUAUGAUCAAGACAAUCUUGAGGAGAAGAAGGUUUGCCAGUUCAAGAGAAGUGUGCUACGACAGUGCUCUGGACUGGCUGAUCCUACUUUUGGUUAUUCUGAGGGUCAGCCAUGCAUCCUAGUCAAGAUGAAUCGAGUGAUUGGGCUUAAGCCACUAGGAGACCCGCACAUCAGCUGCACAGCCAAGAGAGAGAAUCCCCUGCAGAUGCAGUAUUUCCCCGAUGAGGGCAAACUCGACAAGCGUUACUUCCCCUAUUAUGGCAAGACGUUGCAUGCAAACUACGUCCAGCCGCUUGUAGCUGUGAAGCUGCUGCUGACCACCGAGGAAGAUUUUAACACUGAGCUCACCAUCGAGUGCAAGGUGGAGGGUUCAAACCUGCUCAACAACGACGACCGCGACAAGUUCCUGGGCCGCGUCAUCUUCCGCGUCAGAGUGUCCAAGUAGCCUAGAUCAUUCACCGGAGACGCACGAUGUCAGUUCCUCUCACGCAAACCCUUCUCACGUUCAUCACGUCCAUAUCACACACACCUUGUCCCCUAUGUGGCGUCCUACCAGUUUAAUCAGGGCCUUUACGUGUCAAGCGCAGUACGUCUAGGGUGAAGUUCAAAACUGUAGUCGGAUGCACACAGACCUUCACUGGCCCUGCGUUACGGACGGGUCAGGGAUGGGAAAAGUGUGUGUGUGUGAAGGUUAAUGAAGGUUUUAGGACUUACUGCUUUUCAUGAUUCACCCAUUUAUCAUAAAACAAACCAAUGGAAAUAAAACUCAAAGCUAAAAAAACGCAUAAAAGACGCAUACUUUCUCCUCCGACGCCUCCUCAUACGAGAGAAGCUAGUGUCAUCGUGUAGUAAGUAUAGGGACCUGUAAAUAGAUGCAUCAACACAUCAUGUGGAUGUGGUCUGCUCCCCUCAUAGUACUGUUUAGCCUGCCAUGUGUGUGCGUGUGAUGUGAAGCCUCUAUGUACAUAUUUAAUGGAUUUUAAACACUCUUUUUCUCUGUCAUUGCUCUCACGUUGUCUGACUGCUGUAAGAAAUCAAGAGUAUAAAAUUAUAUAAUAGCUGUAAUUUAAGAUUAUUGAGAAAUUAAAACAUAAGGAGGGGGGGAAAGGGGGAAAACACCAAAAAAACAACUAUAUCAAACCUGGUUUGAAACCCGUCCACCAUCUGAGGGAAAGGAUUUUUUUAAACCUCUGCAGAAACUGUUCUUUGUGCAGAUGCCUUACGAUCUGUAUGAGUUUAAAAAUCUUGAAAUAAAAGCGAUUUUAAACAAA